CAUUAUGACCAUGGCGGUUCUUCUUGUAGUUAUGUUUGGCUCAACAGAGGCACGAACUCCAUCAUGCGCAUCAAAACUGAAACCCUGCGACAAUAAUGUCACCUCAGAUAACCAACCGCCCGCCGCGUGCUGUGACAAUUUAAGAGAGGGAAUGGAAGAUGAUUUUGAAUGCAUCUGCACUCUCUUCGCCACCACCAUCCCCGCGGAUCAAGCUCCAUGGCUCAUUAAUGAAUGUGGCAUCGACUCUAGUAUCAGCCUGUGCACCACUUUUGCAGCCAGAGGUUUAGUUGCCAGAAGCUUAGCUGCCUCAGGCCCAGCUGACUCACCCGCGCCGGCGCCAUCUCCUAGUGACGAUUAGGAAACUCCACUUAAAAGGAAC